AUGUACAACCAAUUCGCCGAUCAAUCCUCCAUGUCCAACAAGGGCACAAAGAGAGAGUUCAGCAAUGUCCAGGACUCCGAAGAUGGCGAGGAAACCUUGGUCAAUGCAAUGAAAAGAAUCAAGCUCUCAUCAGAUAAUGGGGACUCAUCUCAAGAACCAAAGAUCAUGGAGACGAAGAAGGAUGUUGGGUACGAAGACGUAGGUGGUAUGAGGAUACAGAUGACUCAGAUUCGUGAGUUAGUGGAGCUUCCAUUGAAGCAGCCUAAGUUGUUUAAAACCAUUGGAGUGAAGCCUUCAAAGGGCAUUCUUCUCUAUGGUCCUCCCGGCUCGGGCAAGACUCUCAUUGCCCGAGCCAUUGCGAGCGAGACGGGGGCUUUGUUUUUGUGCGUCAAUGGGCCGGAGAUCAUGUCGAAAAUGGCUGGGGAGAGUGAGAGUAAUCUAAGGAAGGUUUUCGAGGAGGCGGAGAAGAAUGCACCAUCCAUUGUGUUUAUAGAUGAGAUUGACUCGAUUGCUCCUAAGAGAGAGAAGACUAAUGGGGAAGUUGAGAGGAGGAUUGUGUCACAACUCUUGACACUCAUGGAUGGAAUGAAGUCGAAAGGAAGGGUGGUUGUUAUUGGGGCAACUAAUCGGCCUAAUAGUAUUGACCCGGCUCUUAGGCGAGGUGGAAGAUUUGAUAGGGAGAUAGAUAUUGGUGUUCCGGAUGAAGCCGGGCGGCUUGAGGUGCUUCGAAUCCAUACCAAGAACAUGAAGCUUGGGGAGGAUGUGGAGUUGGAGAAGAUAGCUAAGGAGACACAUGGGUAUGUUGGUGCAGAUUUAGCUGCAUUGUGCACUGAGGCUGCGCUUCAAUGCAUUAGAGAGAAUAUGGAUGAAAUUGACUGGGAAGAUCAGGAGACAUUAGAUGCUGAGAUGCUUGGCUCAAUGAAAGUUGGAAAUGAGCACUUUCGGAUUGCCUUGCGAGCAAGCAGCCCGUCUGCUCUUCGCGAAACAGCUGUUGAAGUGCCGAAUAUGACUUGGGAUGCUAUCGGGGGUCUCGAGAAUGUGAAGAGGGAGCUUCAGGAGACUGUUCAGUAUCCUGUAGAGCAUCCGGAGAAGUUUGAGAUAUAUGGGAUGUCACCCUCAAAGGGGGUUCUUUUCUAUGGCCCUCCUGGAUGUGGGAAGACUCUUUUGGCCAAGGCUGUUGCUAAUGAGUGUCAGGCAAACUUUAUUAGUAUCAAGGGGGAAUUGCUUACAAGUGGGUUUGGAGAGAGUGAGGCGAAUGUGAAGGAAAUCUUCGACAAGGCUAGAGGGUCUGCUCCCUGUGUCCUCUUCUUUGAUGAACUAGAUUCCAUUGCUACUCAGAGAAGUAGUAAUGCUGUAGGUGGUGGUGGUGCUGCUGAUAGGGUUUUAAACCAACUGCUAACAGAAAUGGAUGGAUUGUCUGCCAAGAAAACUGUCUUUGUUAUUGCAGCCACCAACAGACCUGACAUUAUAGACCCUGCACUUCUCCGUCCAGGACGUCUAGAUCAAUUGAUUUACAUCCCUCUCCCUGAUGAGGAAUCCCGCUAUGAAAUAUUCAAGGCCUGCUUGAGGAAGUCUCCAGUUUCCGAAGAUGUGAACAUCAGAGCUCUUGCAAAGGGGACUCGAGGAUUUAGUGGUGCUGAUAUCACAGAAAUAUGCCAGCGUGCCUGCAAAUAUGCCAUCAGAGAGAACAUUGAGAAUGAUAUCAAAAGGGAGAUGGGCAGAAGUAAGAGUUGUGAAUAUAUGCAGGAGGAUGAAAUGGCAGAGAUCAGGGCAGCUCACUUCGUAGAGUCGAUGAAGUAUGCUCGUCGAAGUGUUAGUGAUUCCGACAUCCGAAAAUAUAAAGCAUAUGCACAGACAUUGCAGCAGUCUCGAGGGUUUGGAAUAGACCAGUUUAAUUUUACAGGAAGGGGUUCCCGUGCUGCUGUCUGA